UAUAAAUAGAUCUCUUCCCCUAAACCCUAGAAUUCUUCCGUGCGGCGACUCUCUUCUCCACGAUUUUUCAGGAAAAUCGUCACCGGACCUGUUUGGCAGGUGAUGGCUCCAAAACAGCCAAAUACUGGCCUCUUCGUGGGCCUAAACAAAGGACAUGUGGUGACAAAGAAGGAACUCCCUCCACGCCCUUCUGAUAGAAAGGGGAAAACCAGUAAAAGAGUUCACUUUGUGCGGAAUAUCAUCAGGGAAGUAGCUGGUUUUGCUCCUUAUGAGAAGAGAAUCACUGAACUUCUUAAGGUUGGGAAAGACAAGCGAGCCUUGAAAGUUGCAAAGAGAAAGUUAGGCACACACAAGAGAGCAAAAAAGAAGCGUGAGGAGAUGUCCAGUGUCCUUCGCAAGAUGAGGUCUGGUGGAGUUGGAGAGAAGAAGAAGUGAGCUGUUCCCAUCUUCUCUGACCCCCCAAAAAAACUUAUUGGCAGUUGAGUGCUUAUUUAGCUUUGUCUUGUCAUGUUAGAUUUGAUGGAAUUUUGCUCCAAAGUUUUGAUUUUAAGAUUCUAUAUGAACAAUCUCUAUUCAAAUUUCCGAAGUAGCAGUUGAUUCAGAUGGUGCUCCAUCCCAUUUUUAUUUCA